GACAUGAAAACGUGGUUAGCAUGCCUGGCUGUGGGUCUCGUGGGUCUCAUCGCCAUUUCCAUCGCCACCUGCAUUCUCCGGUUGCCACCUGAGGUGUUUGCCAGGAUCAGUAGCGAUGUGGAAGAAGAGCCACCUCGGAGGGGGAUCAGGCACAGCGAUGACAUUGUCCUCUUAAGUGUGAACAGCGUCAACGCGACAGCUGACAAGGAGGUUCUUCUCGUGGUUGCCCCUGAAGACGAGGUGGAUGUGAACGUUCGGCGUCCUCAGCAGCAAGCUGACGAAUCACUUCAAGAUAUUCGCCACGAUUCUUCAUCUUCACAGUCCUUCUGGCCGUCACAGACGUUACCCGAGACAACGACCAGAGGGGACAGUAUGAAAGACGACAGUGUUCUACAAACUACGGCGUCAGAAAGUGGCGGUCCUCUUGUGCAGACCAGCACUGGUCUUGUCGAAGGCAUUAAGAUGGACGUCCAUGGAAGAAUGCUUGACGUGUUCCUAGGAAUACCAUUCGCAGAGCCACCAAUAGGAGAUCUACGCUUUAGGAAACCAGUAGCUGUCCGCCCAUGGAGUGGGAUGUACAAUGCAUCUCGAAUGGGACCUCCAUGUUAUCAAGUCUUUUAUUCGUCUACGUGGGAUUGGGCGAUACCUAAACGAGACUAUAGUGAAGACUGUCUUCACCUCAACAUUUGGGCUCCGUCUUGCAACCAGACAAAGUGCCCGCUGAAACCUGUGCUUAUUUUUAUCUACGGUGGUGGGUUUAACAUCGGUUCCACCGACUGGGAGUUCUACGACGGCAGGAUGCUAGCAGCCUACGGUGAUGUGGUCAUGGCGUCUAUGAACUACCGCCUCGGACCUCUCGGAUUUCUCAACGCCGGGAACGACGAAGCUCCUGGAAAUAUGGGACUUUUUGACCAGAACAUGGCUCUGAAGUGGAUACACACGAAUGCGCGUGCCUUUGGGGGAGAUCCCAACCAUAUCGUCCUGAUCGGCGAAAGCGCUGGAGCAGUGUCGGCUGGAAUGCACCUCAUUUCACCCCUCAGUAAGCAUAUGGUGAAACGGGUGGUUCUUCAAAGCGGAAGCCCCAUGUGGGACACGCCUGACAACACAAAGGAUGGUCCUAAGAAAGCGGACGAGUUGGCCAAUAUUUUCCACUGCUCCAACGACACGCACAAUUUCGAGUCGCACCCUAAAGCUGUAAUUCGUUGUCUGAGAGAUGUAGACGCGUUGACACUGUUCCGAACGGGAGAGAAAGUGCUUGGAAAACGGAUGUUGACGUACCAACCACGUCUAGGCGACGAAUUUAUCCCCAUAAACCCCCAGGAAGCGCUGAAAAAGGGUCUAUUCAAAGAUUCCAGCGUCCUCCUCGGGGUAAACAAGGACGAAGGCAGUAUAUUUGUCGCCAACAGUCUGCCGCAAAUUUUUCUGAACGAUGCCGCACCAAAUAUCACGACGGAUGAAGCAGCGUUCUACACGAUAUUUUUCUUUCAGUACCUGAUCAGGCAAGGCACCAGGGACAUCCGCGACCAUUAUUAUAAGAACCUCAAGGAUGCUGAUUUCGACACGGUGCGACAAACAUUUUACGACGCGAUCGGAGAUUAUCUUCAGAUUUGUCCAACCAAGUACUACGCCGAAGCGUACUCCAAAUUCAACAACAGUGUGUACUUCUACUACUACACGCACCGCCCAAGUAAUAGUUAUUGGGCAGAGUGGCUGGGAACGGCCCACUUUGACGAAGUGGAGUUCAUCUUCGGUCUUCCAGUAAGGUUUCCCGAACAGUUCACCAACCAGGAGGUCGAGUUCUCUCGAACAAUGAUGGAUAUUUGGUUAACAUUUUCAAAAACUGGGAAGCCCCCUGCUGUGAAUGGCCUUACGUGGCCGCGGUUCACUGAGGACAAUGAUGUCCACCUGGAGCUAAACCCCAAGCAGUACCGCAUUGGAAAAGGAUUACACAAGAGCCACUGCCACUUUUGGAAGAAAUACAUCGUGAAGUCCUGAUGUGGUACGGCGCUUAGAAAGCGUGUAUAAAGCUUGCGUGGAUCUCUCAUAGGCCGAAAUCGCCAAGAGUCCCGAACAUGUUCCUGGAAAAUACCAAAGUCUACCUGAGGUGGACGGGACCAUUCAGGCACAGCCAUGUUUGCGCACAGCAAUACCAUUCGCGUUGGAGGAGCAAUGCAAGAGACAGUAUUCUUCGUCGAGCGUUGCGAAACGCUGUGAAACAGGAAGCUCAUUUGUAUGCAUGUGUGUCAUCAACGGCAAGCAUUUCUACAACUUCGCCGCUUCGUAUCGUAUCACAUAAGUUAUUUCCUGUACAAACAACCUCCAGAGGCAUUCUCAGUGUCUGGGUUCGCGGAACAUCAAAGUUUGCAUCGUGUACAAAGUCAACGCUCAUCUUCGCAAUAAAUAUCCCUGGAAUCAU